GGAGCGUUCCACUGAGCGAUCUUCGCACGCCCCGGCCAGGCCGGGCCUUGCGCGGGGCCGCCUUUGGCGCGCGCCUAUGGUCUUCUGAGCGAGGCUGCGCAUGUCACCUCGCGCGCGUUCCCGGCCUCACUUCCGCGUCGCGCGGCCAACUCGGAACAUCGACGCCAGCCAGAGCGGCCACGAGGCGGGCGGGGUGAGAAGCGCCCAUGGCGCAGCCCUGCCCUCGCGUGUGUGGGGUGCUGCACCGCAUGGCUGGGAAGGCCAUUGUGAUUAUGUGGUAACUACAGUUAUCUUACUACUGAUUUUCCCACUGGAAUCAUGGAGGAGAAACAGCAGAUUAUAUUGGCUAAUCAAGAUGGUGGGACAGUGCCAGGAGCAGCACCUACCUUCUUUGUCAUCCUGAAACAGCCAGGAAAUGGCAAAACUGAUCAAGGAAUUUUGGUUACUAAUCGGGAUGCCUGUGCUUUGGCUAGCAGUGUGUCAUCACCAGGAAAAUCUAAAGGAAAGAUUUGCCUUCCAGCUGAUUGUACUGUAGGAGGAAUCACUGUCACUUUGGAUAACAAUAGUAUGUGGAACGAAUUCUAUCAUCGAAGCACAGAGAUGAUUCUGACGAAGCAGGGGAGACGCAUGUUUCCUUACUGUCGUUAUUGGAUAACAGGUUUAGAUUCAAAUAUGAAAUAUAUCCUUGUCAUGGAUAUAUCUCCUGUGGAUAAUCACCGUUAUAAAUGGAACGGUCGCUGGUGGGAGCCCAGUGGGAAGGCUGAGCCCCAUGUUUUGGGGAGGGUUUUUAUUCAUCCAGAAUCUCCUUCCACAGGUCAUUAUUGGAUGCAUCAACCAGUGUCUUUCUACAAACUCAAACUUACAAACAAUACACUGGACCAAGAAGGGCAUAUUAUCUUGCACUCUAUGCAUCGCUACUUGCCGCGGCUUCACUUGGUGCCUGCAGAAAAGGCUACUGAAGUGAUACAAUUAAAUGGCCCUGGUGUCCAUACUUUUACCUUCCCACAGACUGAAUUCUUUGCAGUAACAGCUUAUCAAAACAUUCAAAUUACCCAGUUGAAAAUAGAUUACAAUCCAUUUGCUAAAGGCUUCCGGGAUGAUGGGCUGAAUAGUAAGCCUCAGAGAGAUGGAAAGCAAAAGAACAGCUCUGACCAAGAAGGGAACAGUGUUCCCAGUUCUCCUGGUCAACGGGUCCGUCUUACAGAAGGUGAGGGGUCAGAGAUGCAGCUAACAGAUUUGGAUCCUUUAUCAAGGGGUCAGGAAACAUCAGGCAAGGGUUUGGAGAAGCCUUCCCUUAAUAUAAAGCGAGAUUUUCUUGGUUUCAUGGAUAUUGAUUCAGCACUUGAUGAAGUCCCUCAGUUGAAGCAAGAGGUUUCUGAAAGCCUUGGCAACAGUUUUGAAGAUGGCUCCCAUGUAACGUCACCAUUAAGCCCAAAUGAAAACUUCAAUGUUGUCAUUAAAGAAGAGCCUUUGGAUGAUUAUGAAUAUGAACUUGGUGAGUGCCCAGAAGGGGUCACUGUGAAACAGGAAGAGACAGAUGAGGAAACAGAUGUAUACUCAAACAGUGAUGAUGAUCCUAUACUAGAGAAACAGUUGAAAAGGCACAAUAAAGCUGAUAACCUAGAAGCUGACCAUCCAUCUUCUAAAUGGCAACCAAAUAGCCCAUCAGGUGUUGCUAAAGCGAAAAUGUUCAAAUUAGAUGCUGGAAAGAUGCCAGUAGUCUAUCUGGAGCCCUGUGCUGUCACCAAAAGCACAGUGAAGGUUUCUGAGCUCCCUGACAACAUGCUUUGCACAUCUCGGAAGGAUAGAUCUUCUCUGUUGACAGAAUUAGACUAUUUGCCUGCGUACAUUGAAAAUUCUAAUGAGACUGGCUUCUGCUUAGGCAGAGAAUCAGAAAAUGAUCUUGGAAGACAUUCACCAGAUAUCAGAGUAGUACAAAAAUAUCCCUCACUUAAAGAAGCUCAGUGGAAAUACCCUGAUAUAUCUGACAUUGUUAACACAGAAAAACUACUUGAUAGUUCAAAGAGUUCAGUUGAGGACUCGUUUUUAGGAAAAGAGGACUUGGGCAGAAAGAAAACUGUGCUUAAGAUUUCAGCGGCUCCUAGGACUGUGAAUGCUAAUCAGAAUGCCCCUCCAAAUGUCCCUGGAAAAAGAGGAAGGCCACGAAAACUGAAACUGUCUAAGGCAGGGCGGCCGCCUAAAAACACAGGAAGAUCUUUAACUUCUACGAAGAACACUCCUACAGGCCCUGGGAGUACCUUUCCAGAUGUGAAACCUGACCUGGAAGAUGUAGAUGGUGUUCUCUUUGUUUCCUUUGAAUCAAAGGAAGCUCUAGAUAUUCAUGCAGUUGAUGGAACAAGUGAAGAAUCUUGUAGUCUUCAGGCAUCAGCUGCAAAUGACCCAGGUUGCAGAGCAAGAAUUUCCCAGUUGGAAAAGGAACUGAUAGAAGAUUUGAAGGCCUUGCGGCACAAGCAGGUCAUACAUCCUGGUCUUCAAGAAGUGGGCUUAAAAUUGAAUUCAGUGGAUCCAACAAUGAGCAUUGAUCUUAAGUACUUGGGAGUACAGCUACCUUUGGCUCCAGCCACUAGCUUUCCAUUCUGGAACCUUACCGGAGCCAACCCUGCCUCUCCUGAUGCUGGAUUUCCCUUUGUUUCUAGGACAGGGAAGACCAAUGAUUUCACCAAGAUCAAGGGGUGGAGGGGAAAGUUUCAUAGUGCUUCUGCAUCUAGGAAUGAAGGUGGAAAUUCUGAAGGUCCAUUGAAAAACCGUUCUGCUUUUUGCAGUGAUAAGCUGGAUGAAUACUUGGAAAAUGAAGGCAAGCUGAUGGAAACAAGCAUGGGUUUCUCUUCUAAUGCUCCCACGUCUCCUGUGGUAUACCAGCUUCCCACCAAGAGUACCAGCUAUGUUCGAACACUUGAUAGUGUGCUGAAGAAGCAGUCUACCAUUUCCCCUUCUACCUCUUACUCUUUGAAACCUCAUUCUGUACCCUCUGUCUCUCGAAAGGCAAAGUCUCAAAACAAACAGGCAACUUUCAGUGGCCGAACUAAAUCAUCUUAUAAAUCCAUUUUACCAUACCCUGUUUCCCCAAAGCAGAAACACACUCAUAUGAUUCCAGGAGAUAAGAUUACCAAGAAUUCUUCAGGCACCACCUCAGAAAACCGGGUGAAUAACUUGAUUGUGCCAACUUUAGAUGAAAAUACAUUUCCAAAGCAAAUUAGUUUGCGGCAGGCACACCAGCAGCAGCAGCAACAGCAACAACAACAGGGAUCUCGCCCUCCAGGCUUGUCUAAAUCUCAAGUGAAGCUAAUGGAUCUGGAAGACUGUGCACUUUGGGAAGGAAAACCAAGGACCUAUAUCACUGAAGAGCGAGCAGAUGUAUCCUUAACAACUCUGCUUACGGCUCAAGCGUCUCUCAAAACUAAACCCAUCCACACGAUCAUAAGGAAACGAGCCCCUCCAUGUAACAAUGACUUCUGUCGGUUGGGGUGUGUAUGUUCAAGUCUAGCUUUGGAGAAGCGCCAGCCUGCUCACUGCCGCCGACCAGACUGCAUGUUUGGCUGCACCUGUUUGAAAAGAAAAGUUGUGCUUGUUAAAGGGGGAUCCAAAACUAAGCAUUUCCAGAAGAAGAGUGCUCAUCGUGAUCCAGUAUUUUAUGAUAAUUUGGGAGAGGAGCAAAAAGAAGAAGGAGAAGAGGGAGUCAAAGAAGAGGAAGAACAAUUGAAAGAGAAAAAGAAGAGAAAGAAACUAGAGUACACUAUCUGUGAAACAGAACCUGAACAGCCUGUUCGACAUUACCCACUGUGGGUGAAAGUAGAAGGUGAAGUAGAUCCAGAACCAGUGUAUAUCCCAACGCCUUCUGUCAUUGAGCCUAUGAAACCAUUGUUGUUGCCUCAGCCAGAAGUUUUAUCUACUACUGUGAAGGGCAAACUACUCACGGGAAUUAAACCUGCGAGGGCAUAUACUCCCAAACCCAAUCCUGUGAUUCGGGAAGAAGACAAGGAUCCAGUCUACUUGUACUUUGAAAGUAUGAUGACUUGUGCCCGAGUUCGAGUGUAUGAACGAAAAAAAGAGGAAGAGAGACAACCAUCACCAUCACCAUCUCCAUCAUUUCAGCAGCAGGGCUCAUGUCAUUCUAGUCCUGAGAACUGUAGUGUAAAGGAGCCAGCUUCUGAACAGCAGCCUUUGAAACCACUCACUUGUGACCUGGAGGAUGAUUCUGAUAAAUCACAAGAAAAGAGCUGGAAAUCUUCCUGCAAUGAAGGGGAAUCAGCUUCUACCUCCUAUGUGCAUCAGAGGUCACCUGGUGGUCCCACCAAACUGAUCGAGAUCAUCUCAGACUGCAACUGGGAGGAGGAUCGGAACAAGAUUUUGAGCAUCUUAUCCCAGCACAUCAAUAGCAACAUGCCACAGUCACUUAAGGUGGGCAGCUUCAUCAUUGAGUUGGCUUCUCAGCGAAAGAGCCGGGGUGAAAAGAAUCCUCCUGUUUAUUCUUCUCGUGUGAAAAUCUCUAUGCCAUCAUGUCAAGAUCAAGAUGAUAUGGCUGAGAAAUCUGGAUCAGAGACUCCUGACGGUCCAUUAUCCCCUGGGAAAAUGGAUGAUGUCUCUCCCGUGCAGACAGAUGCCCUGGAUUCAGUGAGGGAGAGAUUACAUGGAGGCAAAGGUCUGCCCUUUUAUACAGGGCUUUCUCCUGCAGGGAAGCUUGUGGCCUAUAAACGUAAACCCAGUUCAAGCACAUCUGGGCUUAUCCAGGUUAAUGGUAAGAGUUACCCGCAGGCUAAGUUGCUAUUGGGACAGAUGGGGGCAUUGCAUCCAGCCAAUAGGCUAGCUGCUUAUAUCACAGGCAGGUUGCGACCCUCAGUCCUGGACCUCUCAACCCUCAGUACUGUCAUCUCCAAGGUAGCAUCCAAUGCCAAGGUGGCUGCAUCCAGGAAACCACGCACCCUGUUGCCUUCAACAUCCAAUUCCAAAAUGGCAUCAUCUUCUGGCACUACAACAAAUCGCCCUGGGAAGAACCUGAAGGCAUUUGUCCCAGCGAAAAGACCAAUUGCGGCUCGACCCUCUCCUGGUGGUGUGUUCACACAGUUUGUGAUGAGUAAAGUUGGAGCCCUGCAGCAGAAGAUCCCUGGAGUUAGCACACCCCAACCCCUAACAGGGCCACAGAAGUUCAGUAUCAGACCUUCUCCAGUAAUGGUCGUCACACCUGUGGUUUCUUCUGAGCCAGUUCAGGUGUGCAGCUCUGUGACUGCUGCUGUCACUACUACCACCCCUCAAGUGUUUUUAGAAAAUGUUCCUGCUGUGACACCUACGACUGCUCUAUCUGACGUGGGAACUAAAGAAACUACUUAUUCCUCUGGUGCCACCAUUGCAGGGGUUGUUGAGGUCUCUGAAACUAAUACCAGCACUCUUGUAACACCUACCCAGUCUACAGCCACUUUGAACCUUAUCAAAACGACUGGGAUAACUACCCCUGUGGCUUCAGUUGCUUUUCCUAAGUCUUUGGUAGCAUCUCCUCCAACCAUAACUCUUCCUGUUGCUUCCACUGCCUCCACCUCCAUAGUCGUGGUGACCACAGCUGCAUCUUCUUCCAUGGUGACCACACCAACUUCAUCUCUGAGCUCUGUUCCCGUUAUACUCUCGGGAAUUGAUGGGAGUCCACCAGUGAGCCAGAGACCAGAAAAUGCCCCUCAGAUUCCAGUGGCUCCUGCACAGGUCUCUCCUAACACAGUGAAACGUCCCGGACCUCGAUUGUUGUUGAUUCCAGUGCAGCAGGGUUCUCCUACUCUUAGACCUGUCCCAAACACACAACUUCAGGGACAUCGGAUGGUCUUACAACCUGUUAGGAGUCCAAGUGGAAUGAACCUGUUCAGGCACCCUAAUGGGCAGAUUGUCCAGCUUCUCCCUUUGCAUCAGCUUCGAGGAUCUAAUAACCAGCCCAACUUACAACCUGUCAUGUUUCGGAACCCAGGGUCUGUGAUGGGAAUCCGUUUACCCACUCCUUCCAAACCAUCAGAGACUCCACCUUCUUCGGCUUCACCCUCUGCUUUCUCCGUUGUGAAUCCUGUAAUUCAGGCUGUUGGGUCUUCUCCAGCAAUGAAUGUUAUCACUCAGGCACCAUCAUUGCUUUCUUCUGGACCUAAUUUUGUGUCUCAGUCUGGUACAUUGACCCUGAGGAUUUCCCCUCCUGAACCACAAAGUUUCACAAGUAAAACAGCCUCUGAAACCAAAAUAACCUAUAGUUCAGGAGGGCAGCCUGUUGGUACAGCCAGUCUUAUUCCUCUCCAGUCUGGUAGUUUUGCCUUGUUGCAGCUCCCAGGACAAAAGCCUGUUCCCAGCUCCAUUCUUCAACAUGUUGCUUCACUUCAGAUGAAAAGAGAAUCUCAGAAUGCAGACCAGAAAGAUGAAACAAGCUUUUUAAAAAGAGAGCAAGAAACUAAGAAGGUUCUACAGUCAGGAGGAGAAGCUGUAGAGCCUGAGACUAAUAUAAUAAUAAAACAAAACUCAGGAGCUGCUGUCUCAGAAGAAACUCUGAAUGAUUCCUUGGAAGAUGGGGGUGAUCAUUUAGAUGAAGAAUCCCUUAUAGAAGAAGGGCCUUCAGCUGUUAAACCUUCUGAGCAUGUCUAUAGCACUGGCUCACACACAGGUGAAGACUAUAAAGAUGUUGAGAAAGAAUAUGGGAUUAGGAACCAUAACAGUUCCAAAGAAAAACUGACUGUUCUAGAAGUUAAGACCAUUUCUGGAAGAGCCAGUAACAUCCAAAGUGUGAAUAAUGUGCAACUUAAAAAACUUGGUGAUGUGAAAGUGGAACAGCAGAAAGGCUUAGACAAUCCAGAGGAAAAAUCAAAUGAAUUUCCAGUUAUCUCCAAAGAAGAAAGCAAAGUUGAAUUUUCAGGCAGUAGAGUUGUGGAGCAGCAGUCUAAUCCAAAGCCAGAGGCCAAGGAGAAGGACUGUGGAGAGUCUCUGGAGAAGGACAGCAUUAAGGAGAGGUGGAGAAAACACUUAAAGGGCCCUUUGGCCCAGAAAUAUGUUAGAACUUCACAAGAAGGCAAGAAUGAGACAAAUGAGCAAUUAAUUAAAGAAACAAAAACUUGUAAGGAAAAUUCAGAUGUGUUUCAACAAGAACACAGUAUCUCUGAUUUACUUGGAAAAAGUGGAACUAGUGAGAAUGCCAGAAUUUUAAAAACUGAAUGUGAUUCUUGGAGUAGGAUUUCUAGUCCUACAACCUUCUCCAUUGUCCCUAGGAGAGCUGCCAAAGGGAGCAGAAGGGACGGACAUUUUCAAGGUCACUUACUGCUCUCAGGAGAACAGAUAAAACCAAAGCAAGAGAAGACGGGUGGGAGCAGCAGUACUGAUUUCACUGUUCUGGAGUUGGAAGAGGAUGAUGAAGAAGAUGAGAAUGAGAAAACCGAUGAUUCUAUUGAUGAGAUUGUGGAUGUUGUUUCUGACUACCAGAGUGAGGAGGUUGAUGAUGUAGAAAAGAAUAACUGUAUAGAAUACAUUGAGGAUGAUGAUGAACAAGUGGACAUUGAGACUGUAGAAGAGCUCCCGGAGGAAAUUAAUGUCACCCACAUGAAGAGCACAGCUGUCCAUACAGAGAUUUUGAAACAGCCGUGCCGUGUGCCUGUCUCUGCAGAUGAAAAAGCUACUGAAAGGAGUCGAAAGGCUGCACAAGUUCCUCUAAAGCUAAAACCUGAUUGUUGGAGUGAAAAACUACAGAAAGAAGCAGAAGCUUUUGCGUAUUAUCGCCGGACACACACUGCCAAUGAACGCCGCCGCCGUGGUGAAAUGAGAGAUCUCUUUGAGAAGCUGAAGAUCACAUUGGGGUUACUUCAUUCUUCUAAGGUUUCCAAAAGUCUCAUUCUUACUAGGGCAUUCAGUGAAAUUCAGGGGCUAACAGAUCAGGCAGACAAGUUGAUAGGACAGAAGAAUCUCCUGACUCGCAAACGGAAUAUUUUGAUACGGAAAGUAUCAUCACUUUCAGGUAAGACAGAAGAAGUGGUCCUGAAGAAGCUAGAGUAUAUUUAUGCAAAACAACAAGCAUUAGAGGCACAAAAGAGAAAGAAGAAGAUGGGAUCAGAUGAGUUUGCUGUGUCUCCCAGAACUAGCAAACAGCAGGAAGGAGCUCCUGCAUCAUCUGUAGAUCUCGGACAGAUGUUUAUAAAUAACAGGAAGGGGAAGCCUUUGAUUCUUUCCAGAAAGAAAGACCAGGCCACAGAAAAUACCUCACCCUCUAAUACUCCACACACCUCUGCCAACAUUGUGAUGACUCCACAAGGGCAAUUGCUCACUUUGAAAGGUCCCCUAUUCUCAGGACCAGUGGUUACUGUUUCUCCUGCUCUCUUAGAAACAGAUCUGAAACCUCAAGUUGCCAGUAGUGCUGUGGCUCAAUCAGAAAAUGACGACUUAUUUAUGAUGCCAAGAAUUGUUAAUGUGACAUCAUUGGCAACAGAGGGAGGUUUGGUAGAUAUGAGUGGCAGCAAAUACCCCCAUGAAGUUCCUGAUGGCAAGCCACCUGACCACCUGAAAAACACUGUCAGGAGUGAGGAUAACUCCUGUGAAGAUUUGGGUAGAAUCUCUUCCAGAGGCAACCAUAGAGAUGUCAGAAUGGCACUGGGUACAGCACAGGUUUAUCUGUCACAUAAAGAUUCUGGUUGUCCACAAAUGGUUGAUGUUUCCAGUAUGCAAGAAGCACAAGAAUUCUUACCCAAAAAGAUUUCUGGUGAUACCAGAGGGAGUCAGCAUAAAUGGAAAGAGAGUGAAUCAAGACGGGAGAGACUGAAGACAAAGGAGUCUCCAUUUCAUAAAUUAAAGAUGAAAGAUCUCAAAGACUCAAGCAUAGAGAUGGAAUUGAGAAAGGUAGCAUCAGCUAUAGAGGAAGCAGCAUUGGAUCCCAGUGAACUGCUAACUAGUAUGGAAGAUGAGGAUGAUACUGAUGAGACACUGACAUCUCUGCUCAAUGAGAUUGCCUUUCUUAAUCAGCAGUUAAAUGAUGACUCUGUUAGCCUGGCUGAACUGCCUAGCUCUCUGGAUACAGAGUUUCCAGGGGAUGCUCGCCGGGCUUUUAUCAGUAAGCUUCCUCCUGGGAACAGAGCAACUUUCCAGGUUGGCCACUUGGGAACUGGUUUGAAGGAAUUGCCUGAUGUGCAAGGGGAGAGUGACUCUGUCAGCCCCCUCCUCUUGCACUUGGAAGAUGAUGACUUUUCUGAAAGUGAAAAGCAACUUGCAGAACCAGCCUCUGAACCAGAUGUGCUGAAGAUUGUCAUUGACUCUGAGAUAAAGGACCCCCUCGUUCCCCAGAGGAAACCGGGGGAUGAAGGGAAGAAUGCUUCUGGCAUCCCUGCUGAGCCUGAAAGCGUAUCCUCACCCCCCAUUCUCCACAUGAAGGGUGGCCUGGAGAACAGCAGCGCAGACACCUUGUGGAGGCCCAUGCCAAAGCUGGCACCUCUAGGUUUAAAAGUAGCUAAUCCUUCCAGUGAUACAGAGGGUCAGAGUCUCAAGGUGAUGCCUUGUUUGGCACCUGUAGCUGCCAAAGUUGGGUCUGUUGGACACAAAAUGAACUUAACAGGGAAUGAUCAGGAAUGCCGGGAGAGCAAGGUGAUGCCUACAUUGGCACCUGUUGUGGCCAAACUGGGCAACACUGGGGCCUCGCCAAGUUCUGCAGGGAAAUGAACUUAGUUGUUCUCAGGCAGAAGCCAGGCUGUGAGGGGAAACCUCCUUUCUCUGCAGGCACCUGUUUGUGUCAUGGAACUGUGAUCCUUGACUUUGAAAUGUGGUGAAUGAUGGUAGAGAAAGGGGGUAGGGUGCUGACAUCCAUAUAAGAAAUUAACUACUAUGAAAUUCUGAUCAUGUUAAAAUGUGUUACCUCACUUGUGGUGCUGGGUCUCCUCAUCCUCUCCAAGAAGAUGCGAUCCAUUACUGAACACGAGGUGCCCCUCUUACCCAAGGAAUUUGUAACAAGACUAGGUCCAUAGUGGUUCCUAGUUCUUCCCUCCCAGAGUAAAAGCUGCUUGAGACUUAGGAGUUGCUAUGGACUGAACCUUAGUUGAUAGCUGUUGUUUUAAGUCUGAAGUCCAAGGAAUGUGAUGCACUUGUGCAAAGGGAUCCAGAAGAGGUAGCUUUUAGUUGGUGUUUCAGAAUAGGGGGAGAGAGGAUGGGUACCAUGGAAUACCAAAGUGAAGGACUUAGUAUCAUUCAACAAAAUUUUCUCUUCUUUCAUAUCCUAAGUAGCUUCCAUUCCCUCACCUUUUCAAUCAGAAUUAUAAAUCUAAGCCUUCUGGUAAAGUAGGAAUGCUUUUAAAAAAGCUUUUAUUACUAAGGUAAUCAUUUUGAGAUGUAAAAAUUUAACUAGUUCUCCCUUACUGUGUUUGGGUGUUGAGAAGACCAUUUCACGGUACCAAGGAUUUCUACCUUGAAUGUGUUUUUUGGAGGUAGACAUACAGGGGGCCCUUCCCCUUUCACAAAUCACAUCACUCAAGAGACAUGUAAAGUGAUAAGCAUUCCCUCCCCAUACCAGACAGUGGCCAAAAAAAAAAAACAAAAAUAAACUGUGGGGCUGGGUAUUUCACAAAUCAAGCCAGCCUCCUGGUGCUUGGAGGUUUCAUUCACUGUUACCUGCACAGGAUGUAAAGAAAAGAAAAGUCACAGUAGGCACUCUUUACCAGGGAAAUAAGGCAGUAUUUGAAUCACAAGAUAUAUUUUUUAUUAUCUGCUACCAUGGAUUCAAUGAUCUGUAGAGCUUUUUCACUCAUUAGCUGUCAGGGUAUGAAGGUCUGACAGCCUGUAAAGAUAAAGAUAUUUAUAUUUUUGUAUAGUUGUUUUCAUAGAUUUCUCAAAGGCUGAAGUUUUCAACCUAGAAGAUGAGAUUUGUAUUGAGUAUAGAAAUGAUGUUUCCUAUCUAGUUUGUAAAUAAUCAUGGUGCACUUGAGGGGUCUCUUGGAAACUCCUGGGGGCAAGAAUCACUAUUCUGAAAAUGUAUAGACUGGGAUUUAGCUGCUGCAUUUUGCCUUUCUUAAAUAAUUAUAUUUUGGAAUGUAAUCCCUGUUCUGUCUUCAUUGACAGGAUUUGCUUGUGUUGUGAAACAAUAACACAAGAGCUUCCAGUGCCUGGGCUGUGCCUAGGCAGUGCUGUUUCUUCUACAUCCCCUGCCUUCUUUAUCCCAAAUCCCACUCAGCAUAUCUUCAGAACUAGGUUAUGAAACCAACUUUGGAAUGGUCCUAGCCAGCUAGUGAACUAUUAGCUCCGUGGUUGGUUCCCUUUCUAGUAACUCUGGUAAUAAACAGAUUGAAAAGGGUGGGAAAGUUUCCUCUGCGAAUUGCACCGGGAACACAUUCUUUGUUGGUUUUUUUUUUUAUGCUACUUGCCUUUCUUGACCUCCUCAUCAGCCUCCAGCCUUUCCACCUCUAAAGGUUACUGAAGGAGCUUGAAGUAGGUGAUGAGUGCCCCUCAGCUUCUCAUUAUCCCUCCCACUUCUCUUUACCCAGGAGAUUUCAUUCAAUGCCUUAGCCAAGGAAUCUAGCACCUGUCUUCCCUGCUAAUAACUGUCCUUGGAGAUGCUAGUAGUUUAAUCCAGGUAUAGCAGUUUCCCAUUAUUUCUUUGCUUGUCUUGUCCUCGUGUUCCCUCCUGACUUUCCAAGGCUCUUAAAGCUUUUGAGGGUCAGCCAAGGAGCAGGCAAGUGAGCGAGUAAUCCUCAGGAAAAGAAGGACCAUUCUGCUUCUGAACACUGUUCCCUUUUUUAGAAGAAAAUAGACAAAUAGGUAGUAUUCAUUUCUUGAUGGGAAGAUAUUUGACUGUUUAUGGAAGAUGUCCAGAGAUAGAAAUGAGAGAUGAUCCAGUGUGUUCAAGGAAGGCUGCAGAUGUCAUUAUUAACCGCCCGCGCCCCCCCCCCCCCCCAAUAAUGGUGUUUGCAAGACCUCUUAGAACUAGGGAGUUGUUAGGGCUAAUUUGAGGAGGGCUCAGUCUUAAGAACAAUCCUACAGUCUUGAAAGAAAUCUAAAGAUCUCCAAAAACUCCAACCCUUUAAACCUUACCCCAGGAGAAACUGAUCUAUGAAAAUUCAUGUGUGACUAUGAAAGAUGUAGUUGAGUGAAGAGUUGAGGAAUUGGGAAGAUAGUGAGCUCUCACCCUAACUAUAAGAAGCAUGAUCUCAGUAGACCAAUAAUUCGCCUUUUUAUACAUCUGUAAAUAAAUGGAAUGUUUUUAAGAAUAUAAUUAUGUCAGAUUUAGCUUUUUCUUUUAUAUAUUAAAUAUAUAUCUUUCUUUCUCUGCUUUUGAAAAAUGACUAUUUUUUUAGAAACCUAAGAACAGAAGAAGUUUGGUCAGUGGGAGAAUGUAUAAACUUGAAAUAAAUCAGUUACAAUAAUUAAAGCAGGACUUGGUGUUGCUAGGUUUGUGCUGAGUUGUAAUAGAGAAUUCUGAUGCUCUGGGACAUCUGGGAGGGGUUCCACUGAAGGAGUUUAAUCAUAGGAAUUCUUACUGUUUUCAAAGUUUCUGACAUGCCAUUUGGGGGAGGUUUUUGGUAUUCUAAUCUUUGCAGCAUGUUUUACAUGGAGAAUUUGAAAAUUCAUACAACUUGAUGGCAAGUAUUUGUCUCAAGUCAUUUUACAGUGAAGAAUGGCUAGCCUCCUAGUACCAGUGUGAGCAGGGUAUAACAUACCUGUUACCCAUAGUCUUAGUGGCUAAGGACAAUAGAUGUUGUUAAAGCAAGCUAUAGGUUAACUAGUGUCACAGUUUACAAAAAUUUUUAUUAAAGGAGUCCUUUAGACACUAAACUAAGGUCAUUAACAGAUCAAGUCCAGUUAUAUAAACUUCAUACAUAUCACUGUGUGUAAUGUUUUUUCCCCAGAAUUAUGAGAUACUAAACAACAGGCCUUUCUAUAACAAGUUUGAAACCAUUUUGAACACAGAAGAAAGGCAGACAAUCCAUAUAUUAUUUGGAGCGGCGUUUAGUAGUAUAGAUAGUUUUUUCCCUCUGAUUAUACUAGUUGAGAUAUUGGAAUGAUAUCAGGUGAAUUGAGAGGUAAAUGCACUUUGAAGAUAGUCUGAAAAAUGAUGACCCUUAUUCCUCACUCUCAGAUUAAAACAAAAAACAAUGCACAGAGGCACAAAGUAGGCACAUUUUCAGAUACUUUUAUAGAGUGAUUGAUAACCAAGAAUCAGAAUAGAUUUAUUGCACAGAAUUGUUGAUUUUUAAGAAAAUAUAAGGGCAUCAGUAUUUCAUGUUGUGUUAUCUCUAAUGAAUUUUUCCAUGAACAUGAAUUGCUGGGUGCAGAGAAAAUUAAAGCUGAGGUAUAUAUAGACUUACUGCCAUUUGGAGAAAAAGUAAAAUGCUUUUUUGAAAUUAAGUUAGAGGGAAAUAAUUUGAUACAUACAACUUUUGAACUGAGGCAUAAUUGUAGCAUAUUGUAGCAUAUGACUGAACUGCUCUACAAAGAUAUGCUAAGUGCUGAUUAAUAGGGAUGGAAGUGUGUGGAGGGUGAGAAGGCUAAACCAUGGGAUGAGUUGAAAUUUUGAGACAAACCUAAACUGCUAAAUUCUGUCAUUGUAAACUGUGCUGUUAGAUUUUGUUAAAUAAGAAAGCAGUCUUGGAAGCACUGUUUUCAGAUCCUUCCUGUUUCCAACUGCAAACAUUGGUCUCAGCUGUCCCACAGUGCCUUGCAUGUAAAGGUGCUCAAUAAGUAUUUGAAUUGAUGAGCAACUGUUUAGCCUGUUAGUUUUCCAGGAUGUUAUUAACUGCACCUAUUUGUAUAUUAAGCCUAGGGUAAAUUUAAAAAUUUGAUCUAAUUAUGAUCGUGAAAACAGACAAUUGUAUACACCUUUCCUAGAUGUGGAAUUUUAGAAUCUGACAACCAUGUAUACAUAUUGAGGACAUAGACAAGUGAAUAAAAUGUGAAAUAGCAUAUGAACAAUGAAAUAUAUGUUUAAGGGUCAGCUGCAUUUUGGAGGGUGGGAUAGCAAUUAUUUGAAGAAAAGUCUAUUCACAUUGGACCUGGGGUGAUUAUUUUCUGAGCCUACAAGCCUAUUUCCGACAUUGGUACUUAAAAGUCUACAUGGUACAUAUCCUAGACAGUAAGGUAGGACUCAAUUGUGAAGAAUUAAAAAUAUGUGAUGUUGAUCCUAGGCUGGAA